CCCAUCACAUCCAAUACGCGCAAGAUGAGACACUUUUUGUGCAUUUCCGCCCUAGUGGCUGUAGCAUUCGCCCGUCCUGAACCACCAGUGGGCUAUAACUACCCCUCUCCUCAACCAUCGCAACAAUACGGAGCUCCCUCCGGAGUUUCUCACGGGGGAAUCCACGGCAUCUCCUCAGGAAUAGGAGGGGGACUGGGAGGUGGAAUUUAUGCCGGAGGUGCUGACGGCUUUUCAUCAGGUGGCUUCUCUGGAUCCGGUGCAGGAUUCUCAUCCGGAUCUGGAUUCAUAUCAGGAUCUUCCGGGCUCUCAGGAUCUUCUGGAUUCUCAGGAUCUUCUGGAUUCUCCUCAGGUUCCGGUGGAUUCUCCUCAGGUUCCGGAGGAUUCUCCUCAGGCUCCGGUGGAUUCUCCUCAGGCUCCGCUGGAUUUGCAGGUGGCCCCAGCGUGAUCACUUCUGGACCAUCCCUAGUACACAAACAUGUCUACGUUCAUGUAGCUCCUGAGGAACCCGAAGAAGUGCGCCCACAAAGACCUAUCGUCGUAGGAGCUCCCCAGAAACACUACAAAAUCAUCUUCAUUAAGGCCCCAUCUCCACCAACCCCUGUCGCACCCGUCAUCCCCGCUCAGCCACAGAACGAAGAGAAAACCCUCGUCUACGUUUUGGUUAAGAAACCAGAAGAACAACAAGACAUCGUUAUCCCAACUGCUGCUCCCACUCAGCCUUCCAAACCAGAAGUUUACUUCAUCAAGUACAACACCCAGAAGCAAGUUGUGUCUGGAGGCAGUGGUAUUUCUUCUGCUGGUGUUUCUGGUGCUGGAGCCGUGAGUGGAAUUGAAGGUGGUUCAAUUGGGGGCGGAAUUGGAGGCGGAAUUGGAGGAGGAAUUGGAGGAGGAAUUGGAGGCGGCAUUGGAGAUGGCUCUAUCAGUGGACACGGAGUAUCUUUCGGAGGAUCCGAAGCUAUCAGCGGAGGACAUCAUGACUCUGGAAUCGUGUCUGGAGGUGUCAGCGGAUCAUCUGCUGGAGUUUCUUCCAAAUACGGCCCACCCGGCUACCAACAUUAAGCGAUUACAUCGAAGAUGAAGAUUUACGGGUCCAACUGAUCUAGUUUUUCAGUUGUUGAAUGCAUUAUUGAUCUGUGAGAGAUGUGAUAUUCACUUAAUUGUACUUGAUCGUGCCCUUAUUGUAAAUAAUUUCAUUAGUUUCUAGGAUUUUUAACGUUUUCAUUCAUUAUUUUUAUACUAUACAGCUUUAAAAUACGGUGACAAAUAAAUGAAAAAUAUUUUUUUAA